AUGGGGAGCAGGUGCCUCCUGGUCCUGCUCUCAGGUCUCACUGUCUUACUGGCUCUGCCAGGAUCAGAAGCCAAGAAUUCUGGAGCUUCCUGUCCUCCAUGCCCUAAAUAUGCCAGCUGCCACAACAGCACCCACUGUACUUGUGAAGAUGGCUUUCGGGCCAGGUCUGGCAGGACAUACUUUCAUGAUUCCUCUGAGAAGUGUGAAGAUAUUAAUGAAUGUGAAACCGGGAUGGCAAAGUGCAAGUAUAAAGCAUAUUGUAGAAAUAAAGUUGGAAGUUACAUCUGUAGCUGUUUGGUAAAACAUACUUUCUUCAACUUUGUGGCUGCUAUUAUAGAUUAUGAUCAUCCAGAUUGUUACGAGAACAAUAGUCGAGGGACGACACAGUCAAACGUGGAUAUUUGGGAAAAUCUGAGAAGAAAUGGAAGCAGAGAGGACUUUGCAAGAAGGGCUACUCAACUAAUUCAAAGCGUGGAGUUGAGCAUCUGGAAUGCGAGUUUUGCUUCUCCAGGAAAGGGUCAAAUUUCUGAAUUUGAUGUAGUCUAUGAAACCAAGAGGUGCAAUGAGACAAGGGAGAAUGCUUUUCUGGAAGCUGGAAAUAACACCAUGGAUAUCAACUGUGCUGAUGCUUUAAAAGGAACCCUAAGAGAGAGCACUGCAGUUGCUCUUAUCACGUAUCAAUCUCUUGGGGAUAUUCUGAAUGCAUCCUUUUUUAGUAAAAGAAAAGGGAUGCAGGAAGUAAAACUGAACUCCCAUGUUGUGAGUGGCACCAUCGGUUUGAAGGAAAAAAUUUCCCUGUCUGAACCUGUGUUCCUGACUUUUCACCAUGAUCAGCCUGGUGACAAGAGAACAAAACAUAUCUGUGUCUACUGGGAGGGAUUGGAGGAAGGUGGCUGGUCCACGGAGGGCUGCUCUCAUGUGUACAGCAACGGUUCUUACACCAAAUGCAAGUGCUUCCAUCUGUCCAGCUUUGCUGUCCUCGUGGCUCUUGCCCCCAAGGAGGACCCUGUGCUGACCGUGAUCACCCAGGUGGGGCUGACCAUCUCUCUGCUGUGCCUCUUCCUGGCCAUCCUCACCUUCCUUCUGUGCCAGCCCAUCCAGAACACCAGCACCUCCCUCCAUCUACAGCUCUCCCUCUGCCUCUUCCUGGCUCACCUCCUGUUCCUGACGGGCAUCAACAGAACUGAGCCUGAGGUGCUGUGCUCCAUCAUUGCAGGGCUGCUGCACUUCCUCUACCUGGCUUGCUUCACCUGGAUGCUCCUGGAAGGGCUGCACCUCUUCCUCACCGUCAGGAACCUCAGGGUGGCCAACUACACCAGCACGGGCAGAUUCAAGAAGAGGUUCAUGUACCCUUUAGGCUACGGGAUCCCAGCUGUGAUUAUUGCUGUGUCAGCAAUAGUCGGACCCCAAAAUUAUGGAACAUUUACUCACUGUUGGCUCAAGCUUGAUAAAGGAUUCAUCUGGAGCUUCAUGGGGCCAGUAGCAGUCAUUAUCUUGAUAAACCUGGUGUUCUACUUCCAAGUUCUGUGGAUUUUGAGAAGCAAACUUUCCUCCCUCAAUAAAGAAGUUUCCACCAUUCAGGACACCAGAGUCAUGACAUUUAAAGCCAUUUCUCAGCUAUUUAUCCUGGGCUGUUCUUGGGGCCUUGGUUUUUUUAUGGUUGAAGAAGUAGGGAAGACGAUUGGAUCAAUCAUUGCAUACUCAUUCACCAUCAUCAACACCCUUCAGGGAGUGUUGCUGUUUGUGGUACACUGUCUCCUUAAUCGCCAGGUUCGAAUGGAAUACAAAAAGUGGUUUAGUGGGAUGCGGAAAGGGGUAGAAACUGAAAGCACUGAGAUGUCUCACUCUACUACCCAAAACAAAACGGAAGAAGUGGGGAAGUCCUCAGAAUUCUUGCAUAAAGGAGGCACUGCAUCAUCAUCUACAGAUUCAACCAAGCAACCGCAGCCACAGAUAUAAACAGAGUAGUGUACAUCCACUCCACCUGCUGGCUUUGAAGUUAUGUGAUUCCUUUGGAAAAGGGAAAAUGAAGGGAUAUUCACAUGGUUGCAAAAUGUGUGCAUGCAGCGCAACUUUUUGUUUUGCAUAAUUUCAAAUGUACACGAAUAAAGGCUUCGUAAAAUGC